AUGCAUUUUUUGGUCGAACUAUUGUGGAAACUGCAUUACACGAAUGUGCUGUUCGUGUACGAAAACGAAAACUCGCGAGAAGUUUCAACCCUAACCACACUUUUCCAACUUUGCUGGCGAAAUGGCUUCGUCAAUGUGCUGGCUUUGGUCAAUCGAACGCUCUACACAUAUCAACCCUUUCCACGCAUAAAAGUGGUGGCUUUGCGCAAACUUAGCGAGUAUUACGACAAAACGCACUUGAAUAAUUUUCAAGGUUAUGCGCUACGCUCGAGCAUUAGCAAUAAUGCGCCGCGGGUUUAUCACUACACCGAUGCUAAUGGCAAUCUCGCUAAUGCCGGUUAUUUGUAUCGACUGAUACUGUUAUUCGCACAACAUUAUAACGGUCGGUUUGAAGAGGUACACAUGCCCACCUACCAAAUGAACUUAACGAAUAUUAUUAAGGCGUUUGAGCGUAAGGAAAUCGAUAUAUUGGCCGAUCUGCUCUUCAUAUAUCCCAAUUAUUCGCACAGCGCUGUAAUUUGUAAUUAUCGCACGUUUUUAAUGGCGCCCUACGCCGCACCACUGUCGCUCUAUAUGUACAUCCUCAAACCUCUGACGAGUCUGCUCUGGUUGCUCAUAAUGUUGGCACUUUGCUAUGCAAUCCUGGCACAAAUGCUGCUCUCUUGGCUGCGCGGGCGCCGAGUGAACUUUGGCUUGGCUUUUUUGCGCAGCCUCAGCUCGUUGCUCUACCUGCCGAGUUACUACUAUAGUCGCUGUACGAGUGCGCAAAUGUUCUGCGCCCUUUUGUUGUUGGCUUGUAGCUUUCUUUUGACCAGUUUGUAUCAGACGAGUAUGGCCAGCAUGUUUAUAUCGCGGCUGUAUGAGCCGCAGGUCAACAGCAUCGCUGAUAUCGCGCGCACGAAAUUCUCACUGCCCAUGACGAAGAUGGACAUCGCCUACAUGAGUCGUUUAUCGGGUAUACCGCAAAUCAUUUACGAUCGCUUGCUUGAGGUGAGCCCAUCGGAGGACUAUCAGUUGCUGCGCGAUUUGAACACCUCGUACAUACUCACCUACAUCGAGGAUAAAGUGAACUUUUUUAUGUAUCAGCAGAAAUUCUUGCGUAUACCCCGUUUUAAGCUGAUCGCCGAGGAGCUUACACAGGUGCCACUGUUCAUAAGUUUGCCGCAUGGUUCGCCGUUUUUGCAGCUGUUUAAUCGUUAUUUGCGUAGUGUUUUCGAUUCGGGUAUUUUUCAGAAAAUGUUCAUCGACAGCGCUGAGGAGGGCAUCUUGAGCAAUGAGAUACGGUUCUUCCGCACUGUCUCCAUUAUCUUUCAACCGCUCAAAGUCGAACACUUCUCGCUGAUAUUUGUCGUUUGGGGAUUUGGUAUGUUUUGUGCUCUGAUUUGUUUCCUCAUCGAGUUGAAAAUCGUCAAGUGGAGGCGGGUGAAGAACGGUAAAGUGAGGAGGAACAAACUGAUAACUAAUUGA